CUAAACACUACAUGUCUCAAUUGUUUGCUGGAAGUGAUUUUCAUUGAGUUGUUGACUUUUAGACGUAUAUUUACUCCUUUGUGCACAGUCCGAAAGGGGAAAGAGAACGAAGGUCUGAUAGUGUUUCUCUACGGACAUGGCCAGAGUAAAUCAGAUGUGGACAGUGUGCACACUGAUCGCUUUGUGCUUAAUGGUCCAAGCUGGAUCUUCUUUUGCCACUACUAAUGUACGUAUCGUUGGUGGACCAAGUCCUUGGAUAGGGAGAGUAGAAGUUCGUCUGCCAGAUGGUACAUGGGGAACCGUGUGCGACGAUGCCUGGGACAUCCAAGACGCACAAGUCGUUUGCCGCCAACUCGGGUUCGUGGCGGCAUUGGCUGGUAUUCAGACCUUCGGAGGUGGCGUAGGCCCAAUACUGCUGGACCAGCUAGCUUGCACCGGGCAAGAAAGCGACUUGUUCCAAUGUAUUGGAAAUCCCGUGGGCUUCCAUGACUGCGUGCAUUACGAAGAUGCCGGCGUCGAAUGCGAAGCUGAUUGCGGCCCUCCGCCGGAGGGUACAAAGUCUGCUGUUGCUUACUCCUCGACGGAAUAUACCUCUACAGCGUCGUACAACUGUCUGCCUGAUACUCGGAUAGUGAAGGGUGACAGUCAGCUUGUUUGCGAUUCUCCAAAUCAAUGGAAGGGACUUCCGCUGAUCUGUGAAGAUAUCCUAUGCAAUGAAACGUCUAUCAUCUCCAAUAGCUUUCUCAGAGUUGAAAAACGAAGCAUCGAUUCUCUUGCUGCCAUACGGUGUGAUGACGGAUUUAGUUUCGAUGGCGAAGACCCAAGUGUAACUUGCGAGAAGCUCUCAGCCGACUCAGCCGCAUGGAGCAGUGCCAAUGGGAAUUGUCUACCUCUUUCACCAAACAUCACUGUUAAUGUCACAGACGACAACAUGUCGCUCUCGAUUGACCAUGUUCACACGGCGCCGCUGAUCCAGCAGUACUGUGUCGUGGUGGCCUCACUGACCAGCGAUAAUGAAAGCGUCGCCGAAAGUUGCCAUGAAGGCCCAGACGUGGUCAUGGAGCGAUCCUCUGCCGUCAUUCAGCUGAGGGCGUACGUAGUCACGGACGAGAACUUAACCAGCGAGUUGUCACCUAGCGCUAUUGUUCUUCCCAUCCCAUUAGGCCCAAUUCCCCGGGAGUCCUGUUCUUGUCCGGUGGCUUCGUUUGUCAUCAUUGCUGCAGUUGUAAGUCCGGUCGUACUGGUUGUAAUAUUCGCUGUGGUGAUUGCCCUUCUCUGCUGCAAGCUACGUUCUGGCGUACACAAGACAACAAUGAAAGAUGUUGACAAUGCGGGAGUGUUUGCCUUGUCUCAGCCACACCAGUGCGAAGACUACGAUGCGCUAGAUGAUCACAGUCAACGCGAUCUUGUGAGCAAAGUGUACGAUCAGGAAUGUCCAGAGGAGCUGCGCGAAACUGAUCUGUACGUAAACCGUGAUAUUCUGGACGAGGUGGGGCAUGUCGAUGGUGUGCCGUGCGACUCGGUUGACAUCUCAAGACAUACCACAGGGCCUAGCAUGCGCUAUGUUGUACCACCUUCACGUUAUGCCAUGCAACCAUGUGGAUCUGUCCAGUGCAUGACCAUUGAUGAACAGACGGAGACAUUCUGCAGAUACACUGUGCUCCCGAAAUCACCAGCCCAGACUGCCUCUCGUAAUGGAGCCAACGAUUCACGGAAAACACAUGGCUGUCGUAGUUCCAUCCAGGCAGAUACUCCCCCGCCUCUACCCCAAGAUGAAACGGAAACUGUGCCGCCGCAAGCCCCAGCCCAAACUGCCACUCGUUAUCGAGGCAACGAUUCACGGAAAACGCCUUAUUGUCGCAGUUCCAUCCAGGCAGAUACUCCACUGCCUCUACCCCCGGAUGGAACGGAAACUGUGCGACCGCAAGCCCCAGUUCCGACUGCCGCUCGUUAUCGAGCCAAUGAUUCACGGAAAACGCCUGAUUGUCGCAGUUCCAUCCAGGUGGAUUAUCCGCUGCCUCUACCCCCGGAUGGAAGGGACAACGUGUCGCGGCAAGUCCCAGCCCAGGCUAUCAAUCGAAAUCGAGCCAACGAUUCACGGGAAACGCCUGACUGCCGCAGCUCCAUCCGUUCGGAUACACCACCGCCUCUACCCCCAGAUGAACCGGACCUUCACUGCCCAACUCAAGGGUAUAUGGAUUAUUCAACCACAAUAUAUGGUAAUGUCGCACAACAUGAUGAACCCAUCUACGUGAAUCGUCCCAACUGAUGUACUACUUACGUUCCAUUGGGCCCAAAACCAACUGCAUACUGCACUUCGUCUGCUGAUUUAAAGGCAACACAAAGUCUAUAACUCACGGUUUCGUACAAGCCUGAUCUCAUUAUUACUUUCAAUAUAUCACGCUUCAUAUCGCGGACACAUUCAGUGGUUUUUAAAUCAGCUGCAUACUGCACCUCGUCUGCUGAUUGAAAGGCAACACAAAUUCUAGGACUCACCUUUUCGUACAAACUGCACAUUUGCUGGGUUACUGAGCUCAUAUUUCUUUCAAUAUUACACCCUUUAUAUCGCAGACACAUUCAGUGUAUUUAAACCAACUGCAUACUGCAUCUCGUCUGCUGAUUGAAAGGCAACACAAAUUCUAAAACUCACGUUUUCGUACAAACUGUACAUUUGCUGGGUUCCUGAUCUCAUAUUUCUUCUAAUAUUUCGCACUUGAUAUCGCGGAUAAAUAAGUUUUUCGUUCCAUUUAUUUUAUCUCUAAGCAGUUUGGCACGCACUGAUUAGCACUCAUACGUACACUUAUCAAGUUCGAUAUUAGAUCUUGCAUAGCGAAUGCCGAAUUGAACCUUUUGCGUAUGUGCUUUACAUAAUUAUUCAUUUUCCCUCUUUUUCCGCGUUUGAGUUCACCCCUCCUCAAUUCGAUUGGCUGUCUAAACAUGCUACGAGGCACAGAAAUUAAUAAAUAAAUGAACAGCCUUUUGCCUACGUGUACGCAUCGGGUAAGCGCACCAUGAGCUGACAUUCGGUGCCAUUCUCUGGAAUAAGUCGCCGGCUGAAGUUAGAUGUGAAUCACAAAAGGAUGAGUUUAAGAGCACCAUCUGACACUGUAUUGAGUCGCUCGUCCCUACCUCUUUCUGUCUUAGCCUCUAGAACCGCUAGUUCUUCAGUUCCCUCUUUUUGUGCACGAUUGCCUUAUUUGUAAGUUCUCACAUCUUUUCUGUACCAUUGCCUUAUGCUCUAUUUACAUGUAUGUGCACCAUUGCCUUCCGGAACGCUGUAUUUUUUGUUUUCGCAUCCUUUCUGGACAUUUCCCUCCAGAAACUCUUUAUCUGUAAUCGAGAGGGAAAUCUUGCAUAACAAAUUAACUAUCAUAAUCCGACCUCUUCAUUAUUCAUUUUUCUAACAUCUUUCUCAUACAUAUUCAUAUCACAGAUUUCUCGUCAGAUUCAGAUCUGAAUCAAGACAUAGAUAGGAUCAACA